AUUGGUGCUUAGAUUUCUAUCACUAUUUACUAACAUCAAAUUUUCUGAUUUUUUAUUUAUUUGGUAAUUGACGUUAACCAAACUUUCAGUGACAGAAAAUCUGUGGUUACAACCAAAUCUCUUUCUUUAAUUUCUUGUCAUAUACUCAUAUUAGUUGAUUUCUGAUUCUACCUAAUUUCUUAAAAAGUUUCAGCCUUUGAUCCCAGCUAAUUUUUCUUUUUGUGUGUCAACAGCUAAAUUGUUUAUAGGACAAAAUUUGGUUUUUCUGGAAUCCUCUAGAUUCUUGGACACAAGUAAAUUUGAGGUUGACUUGGAGUCAUCAAGAUUUUGAUUUCCAAGGGGCAUGUAAUGAAAUGUCACCUACCUAACAGAGAAUCAUUUACUUUGCUAGAUUCUGUAUACACACACACAUUCUUUUAUGUACUUGUGAAGCUCAGAAACUCAAGAAACCUUCACUGACAUCUCUCAAUGAUGUCUGAAGAUGGCUACAACACAGAUUUUCCAAGAAACCCUCUUUACAUCUUCUUUAGUGAUUUCAGAUCAGUUCUGAAAUUUGAUGAACUCGGUUUGGAGAUAGCUCGAAUAGCUUUACCUGCAGCACUUGCUUUAACAGCUGAUCCUAUUGCAUCUCUAGUCGACACAGCCUUCAUAGGCCAAAUUGGUCCUGUAGAGCUUGCUGCAGUUGGAGUUUCAAUUGCUUUGUUCAACCAAGUUUCAAGAAUCGCUAUUUUCCCACUCGUUAGCAUCACAACUUCCUUUGUAGCAGAGGAAGAUGCUUGUAGUUCUCAGCAAAACACAGUCCAAGAUCAUAAAGAAUGUAUUGAAAUUGGUGUUAACAAUACAAAAGAGGAAACUCAAGAACUGAUUCCUGAAAACAACAAAGAUUCUAUAUCAGAUGAAUCUAAAACCAGUUGCAGUAUCUUUAGCGUUAGUAAAUCUCCAGUCAAGAAAAGGAACAUACCAUCAGCUUCAUCUGCUUUAAUCAUUGGAGGCAUUCUUGGCCUUCUUCAAGCUGUGUUACUUAUAUCCGCAGCGAAGCCUCUCUUGAGUUUCAUGGGAGUUAAACAUGAUUCUCCAAUGUUGAGACCUGCUCAGAGGUAUCUAUCUCUAAGAUCACUUGGUGCACCUGCUGUUCUUCUCUCACUUGCGACUCAAGGCGUUUUCCGCGGUUUUAAAGACACGACUACUCCAUUAUACGCAACUGUGAUUGGAGAUGUUACAAACAUAAUACUCGACCCGAUUUUCAUAUUUGUUUUCCGCUUAGGCGUAACAGGAGCAGCCACUGCUCAUGUUAUAUCCCAGUACCUUAUGUGUGGAAUACUCUUGUGGAAACUGAUGGGUCAAGUUGAUAUCUUUAACAUGAGUACCAAACAUCUUCAACUCUGUAGAUUUAUGAAAAAUGCGAGUGCGUUUGCCAAGAAGGACUACAAAAGAGCUGCAGCUACCGCCUCUCGUGUACUGCAGUUGGGACUGGUUCUUGGGUUUCUACUGGCGGUUAUACUUGGAGCAGGAUUGCAUUUCGGAGCAAGACUAUUUACGAAAGACGAUGAAGUCUUACACUUCAUUAGCAUAGGACUUCCAUUUGUGGCAGGAACACAACCAAUCAAUGCUUUAGCGUUUGUGUUCGAUGGAGUUAACUUUGGAGCAUCUGAUUUUGGUUACGCCGCAGCUUCAUUAGUACUGGUGGCUAUAGUUAGCAUUUUGUGUUUACUCUUUCUCUCAUCAACUCAUGGGUUUAUUGGGCUUUGGUUUGGUCUCACCAUUUACAUGAGUCUUAGAGCAGCCGUUGGAUUCUGGCGGUAA